AUGUUAUGUCUUCUUGACCGCAUCCUCGUGUUUGCAUUUGUGCUGGAGUGCAACAGUUCUGUGUGGAGCAAGUUUGACUGGGAGAAACUCACUACCAUCGUAAUGUUCAACUUCUACGACAUCGACCUGCUCAAACAUGCACACGACAACGGCGUAGUGGUCGCUAAAAUGGAAAACAUUGCCAAAUCGGACUUGGCGAACUCGACGGCGCGGGCGGAAUGGGUUGCCACGCAGGUGGACGACGUCGUGCAGAAGGGACUUGACGGCUUCAACUUCGACUUCGAGGAUCCCCUCGACCCUGACAGUCCUGAGAGCCACGGCUACACGGCGCUGGUUAAGGAGCUCAGAGAAGCUCUCCUGGCAGCUCUGCCUGCAGCUCAGGUGUCGGUUGACGUGGCGUGGUCCGCUGCUGGCAUCGACGGCCGCUUCUACGACUACACUGGCUUGGCUGCCAAUUCUGAUCUGCUUUUUGUGAUGGCUUAUGACGAAAUGAGUCAAAUUUGGGACGAGCCUUGCAAUGCCAGACCAAACUCUAACCUGACCUACGCAGAGGAGGGCAUCAUGACGUACCAAGCUCUGGGCAUAGAGAACUCAAAGCUCGUAUUGGGGCUACCGUGGUACGGCUACGUGUACCGCUGCAUUGAGUACUUCCCUGAUAAUGAAACUUGUCUGAUCGAGGAAAUUCCGUUCCGCGGCUGUCCGUGCAGCGACGCCGCAGGCCGCCAGUACGAGUACCGCCUCCUUCAGGACCUCCUGCGGGAGAGGAACCUUACAGAGCUGUGGGACCCCAGCAGCCACACGCCCUACUUCACCUUCACGGAUAACGGCACCGUGUACCAAGUGCGCCACGACAACCCGCGCAGUCUGCUGGACAAGACAACGUACGCGCGGUCUGAGGGCCUGGCGGGGGCGGGGAUGUGGGCGGCCAACUUCCUCGACUACAGCGACACGCCGGAGGGACAGAUGCAGCGCGACGCCAUGUGGGGCGUCAUGCCUUGACACUCAUUAAUAAUAUUGUAAGGCACAUCUGUUGUAAUGUUGCUUCAGCAAGGGAGCGCGGCUUUAUCUUGACAUUCAUUAAUAUCUUAGUAUAAACACGGGUAGUUAAUGACCAGAGAAAUCAUUGGUUCAAGUUUUCAGGAUCGAACAAUAUUCUUCAGAUGACAUUGGUUGAUCGAAAUUCAGGUUCAAUGUCAUCUGAAGAAUAUUGUUCGAUCCUGAAAUUUUGAAUCAAUGAUU